AUGGGAAAACGUGGUUCGGUGUUAAGCCAAUUUCAAAAUUUCGAUGCAUACGCUAAAACUCUCGACGAUUUUCGCGUUAAAACGUACUAUGGAGCCGCACUUUUAAGUGUUGAUGUAAUGGAUGUUGCAGGCGAGACACAAAAUGAUCUCACUCAUGACAUCUAUAAGACUCGAUUAGAUGCUGAUGGAGCUCCCAUUCAUAUUGAGAAAGCCACAGAUCCCACAAAAGAUAUAGUAAAGAUUGUCAAUAGUACAGCAUCGGGUGGUGAUGCAUAUUGCGGUAGUUGUUAUGGUGGGGUAGUUCCAGAAAGUGGAUGUUGUAAUACAUGUGAUGAAGUUCGUGAGGCUUAUAUUAAGAGUGGAUGGUCUUUCAACAGCCCCGAUGAUAUUGAACAGUGUGUUAGAGAAGGCUGGAAAGAAAAGGUAACUGAACAAUCAAAAGAAGGUUGUAAUGUGGCUGGUAGUGUUAAAGUAAACAAAGUAGCUGGAAACUUUCAUCUUGCACCUGGCAAAAGUUUUCAGCAAAAUCAUAUUCAUGUUCAUGAUUUACAACCAUUUUUAAGUGAUGGUGUUCACCAUGAUUUUACACAUGAAAUUCAUCAUUUGAGUUUUGGACCUAAAGUUGAUGGUGUGGUGAAUCCUUUGGAUGGCGUUAGCGGAACAGUUACUACAGGGCAUUACAUGUUUCAGUAUUUUCUCAAAGUGGUGUCUACACAUUUCUAUUUUCUUGAUAAUACCGCUAUUUACACAAAUCAAUAUUCUGUGACACAAUUUGAACGUGAUUUAACUGGUAGAGACCACACUCAUUCACAUAAUCACAUAGGCGGUUUACCAGGUGUAUUCUUUAAUUAUGAAAUUUCCCCAAUGUUGAUUAUUAAUCGUGAAGAAAGUAAAAGUUUUACCCAUUUUUUAACAGGUGUAUGUGCUAUAAUUGGGGGAAUUUUUACAGUAGCUGGAAUAUUAGAUGGUUUUAUAUAUAACGCUGAAAAAACUUUCAAGAAAAAGGUCGAGUUGG